AACGUCCUAAUCGUUGGUGCUGGAAUAUUCGGUUUGAGUACAGCCUAUGCAUUACUUCAAGAUGGCUACACUGUCACUAUCGUCGAGCAAUCGGAUCAGAUUCCGGCAGCCGGGAGCGCCUCAACUGAUAUAUCCAAGAUAGUACGUGCAGAUUAUGGAAAUGCCGUAUAUUCAAAGAUGGCGUCAGAAAGCAUAGCAGAUUUAGAGCAAAAUUGGACAAAAGAAGCAUUCUUCCACCAAUCUGGUAUGCUCGUAUUGGGAGAAAGCGAGUAUGCUAAAGAGUCAUACGAGCACGUGAAAGCUAUGUACCCAACGAGGGUUAGCAUGCUUGAUAAGCACACUAUUCGUGAUGUCCUUCCAAAGAACGUACCACUCAACCCACUUGAACAUACAGCUUACGUUAAUAGAGCUAGUGGUUGGAUAGAAUCAGGGCGCGCUACGGCUGUUUUAGCCGAGCGUUGUGAACAAAUGGGCGCAAAACUGAUACCAAACUUCAAUGUAAAGGAUGUCUUAUGGAAAGGCGAUAUCGUUGAAGGUGUAGAGAACACCAAUGGGGAUGUAUUACAUGCCGAUUUGACUAUUAUCGCUUGCGGCGCUUGGUCUACUCUCCUCGAUGAACAACUUAACAAAAUGCUGUUGGCAUCAGCUCAGUCCGUUGCAAUGAUUAAAUUGACUGAUGAUCAGUACGAGCGUUAUAAAGAUUCACCUAUCAUCAUCAAUCUCGGCACUGGUUUCUAUAUGUUCCCGCCAACUGAGUCCAAGUACUUUAAGAUCUCGAAACAUCAUGCGGGAUAUAUUAGCAAAGAAAGGAAUGCACCAAUUUCACUCGGCAAUGCUAGAGAACAGCUUGGUAAGAAUGAGCCAGCUGUCUCUAUUUCAAAGAUACCAACGGAUAUGUACGAAGAAUUGAGAGGCGGUUUGAGGGAAGUCUAUCCUGAAAUUGCCAAUGAUGAAAACCUAGAAUGGAAGACUAGAGUAUGUUGGUAUAGCGAUGCACAAAAUGGAGACUUUAUUAUAGAUUAUCACCCAAAAUCAAACAAAAGCUUGUUAUUCGCAACAGGUGGCAGCGGCCAUGCUUACAAAAUGUAUACAAUCCUAGGCAAGCUUGUCAAAGAUAGAAUAGAAGGUCAACUCAGCAAGGAGUUG